AUGUCUACACAGAUGAUUCAUGCAGGACCUAUCGAUGAUUCAUUAUUAAGGCUUCAACCAUUCCAUAUAUCUGAGCAUAUAUGGAAUGGAGCUGAGGAUAGGGUUCUGAAGGUUAGGAGUGCAAAACAAUCAGAGUUGCGUGGUGGUGACAUUCCAGCUGCUGUUCAGGAUCUUCUACAAAGGGCUAGUUUUAUGGGGAUGGCGCAAAUUAGUUACUUUCCUGUGGAUAAUCAUUUAAUAUCUGCGUUAGUUGAGCGAUGGAUACCAGAGACCCACACGUUUCACAUGCCCUUCGGCGAGUGUACUAUCACGUUGGAGGAUGUUGCAAUUUUACUUGGGUUGAAGAUCUCUGGGGCACCCAUUACUGGAUACGCAAGUAUGGAUUGGGGAGCUCUUGUGCAGCGCCUUCUUGGCAUGACAACCCCUGAGGCAAUGCUUGCUGGCGGUCGAUUGAGGAUGAGCUGGAUUGACCGGCACUUUUCGGAUGUUUCUGAGCAUAUACAUAGCCAGGAACAGUUGGAACGCUAUACUAGAGCGUUCAUUUUACGCAUGAUCGGGGGAUAUUUAUUAAUUGAUCACUCUAGCUCGUUUGUAUCCCUCAGAUACCUGAGUUUCCUCGAAGACCUAGAUGUUUGUGGUCAAAUGAGUUGGGGGUCAUGCGUCCUUGCAAAUAUGUACAGGGAGUUGUGCGUGGCGACGAAUUAUGAUCACAAGGAAAUUGUUGGGUCAGGUAUUUUACUGCAAUUAUGA